AUGUCGGCCGGCCAGUGCGUGCGCAAGCUGCAAGUCCCGGGUGUGAUUUUCAACAAUCAUCUCAGCUGGAUUGAUCAUGCCAGACAUGUGAGUGGUGCACCCCGGAUCUCUUUCCAUGUUUUGCUCUUGCUGACCAUGCCUUGGUUGCCGCAGCUUCGAGUCAAGGUUCUCAAAACCGAGCAGUACAUGCGGCGAAUCUCCAGCUCCAUCAGAGGACCCCCGACGUGGCAGAUGCGAAGUCUCUUCUGCUCCAAUGUUCGACCCGUGCUUUUCUACGCCAGCGCCGCGUGGUACCUGCCCGACAACAAGCGACAGCUGGAACACGGCCUUGAAGAUGCUCGAAGCGGCUCAGAGGAAAUGUCUGGUGGUUAUCUCGGGCGCCGUCAAAUAUCCGCCCUCAGAAUUGCUCCUGCACGAGUUGCAGCAUUGGGACUGUCGACCGUCUCUUAUGGUGGCCAAUCCACAGUCCACCGUGCUCGUCAUGAUCAGCUUUCUGACCACUACAAGAAUCUCCGCGCCAUCGGUGACAGACUAAUCAAGGUGUUUGGAAACAGGAAGUAUCGUCUCAUCGCCUCGCAAUAUCCCAUCAUCAAGGCCUACGCACACGCUGCGCGCUACCACCCAAGACUACUGAGAUGGAGCUUGAGCAGGCCUCCAACUGUCCCAAACGGCACCACCCGAAACACACUCUCGCCUCUCAGCUACCGACCCAGGGCCGAAGUACGCCAAGGACAUCAAUCCGAAUCCCGUCAAAGGCUGGGGCAAUACGACUUUUUGAUUGCGUGGGCCGUUCGGCUUCCGCGGUACGAUGGGAACAAACGCAGUUUUCGAUGCGGCAUGGUGUUUGGUGCGCCGGAACUUGACUUUGCGGCCGGUGGUGAGGUAAGUCCUCCUCUGAUGUUGGUGACCUCUCCAGUUGGGUCUUGCUGCUAA